CUUCGAACUUUAAGGUUCACUCCCUGAAGUCCUUUCGUUCUUGCUUCUCUCGUUCCGUGCUACUGCUUUCCGGACUUAGGGUUCGAACGAGGGAGGGAGGGAAGAGAGUCACCAAGUUGUCAAUUGCUUCUUCUGGGAGUCAUCACACCGGGAUUCGAAACUCUCGUGUCGGGGAGCUUGCGGUCGAGGAACAUGAAGGAUUGCUGGGAGAUUUGAAAUCCUCGUGUUAGCGGCAAAAAAUCAUUGGAGGAAUCAUUAAAUUGUGGAUGGAUAUCCCGUGGUCUUGGCGAGGAAACUGAUUUAAGUGCCGGUAUGGAGUCUAAUGGAAUAACGUGUGGAUUGAAGAGAAUCGGAGUGGUGGUACUUGGGAUGCAACGAUAUCAUAGGCAGGUCAUGAGGCGAGAAACUUCGAUAGACAAGAGCAGGUUUGGAGAGUUGAAUGAUUUGUUCACGAGGAACCUGUUUAUAAACAACCUCGUGCUCACUCCGGGGCACACCCGAGGGUCGAGAGUCAUCAUGUCUUCUUGUCCAGGAAUGAGGGAAUGAGGAUGCGUACUAGAGUGCAGGGUCUCUACAAUAUAUUAUUCUCGUGGAUAGUGGAUCUAUGAGGACCGACCCUCCUUUCUUUUAAAACGAAUGAGCAUAUGUCAUCAACCUUGGAACAUCGUGAUGGAAAUAAACUUCCAUUGAAAAGAUGGAGGUUACGAACGGCUCGUCAUCUUUGAGGCUUUGAGGCUUUGAGGCUUUGAGUCUCAAUUAUUGACUUUCCAAUGUUCGACUUUUUAAGGUCAACGUCCGAAGAAACUGCCCAUCAUUUGGCAUUUUUCCCCAUCAAUAAUUUAGCUCAUGAAAUGUCGAAAAAGUUGCUGUUUCGUGUUGAAUAUCGAAAGAAGUGGAACAAGUUAGUCUUCAAUAUCUAGAAAAAUUAGUCAUGCUGAUCGAAGCAUAUCAAAUAUCUAGCCUCAAAGCAUAUAUUGGAAGCAAAUCAUUUCUAGUGUUAUAAACGCUACACACUACAUUCCUUGAUACGCACUUCUCGUUGGUUGUAUCUGGGACUUCAUGAUGCAAUGUAACUCCCAAAUUUAUGAAUCCAGUUACACAGUCCAGG